AUGUGUUUCUCAAUUAUUGGUACGAAGGCAAUUUAAUUGGAGUAUAUGAAUCCAUGUUGAAGUUCGAAACCAGUAUCAAACCCCAUAUUUUGCCGUAAAAUCCCAGCAGAUACUUCUAUAUUGCAUUUGUUUCAUUGAAAUAUGACUUCUGAAAGCAAACGAAACUCCGAUGAGAGAGCCCCUUUGUUACGAAAGACUCAACAUGGAGAUGAAGAUGAGGCCAGGACUGAGAAGUAUUCUGGAGCAUCCUUCUAUGGUUGUGUGUUCAAUUUGACAUGCACCAUUGUCGGUUCCGGAAUCAUGAGCCUGCCUGCAACCCUCAAAUUGUUGGGACUCAUUCCGGGGGUCGUGUUGAUCAUCCUAGUAUCAUUCAUAAUCGAGGCAUCGGUUGAGUUGUUGUUGAGGUUCAGCAAGGAAGGGUCUGCAGUUUCCUAUGGUGAUGUCAUGGCUCAUGCAUAUGGAAGGAUUGGGAAGAUUGUACUUCAGAUCACCAUUGUUAUUUACAGCACUGGUUCUCUCAUUGUGUAUAUGAUCAUAAUUGAGGAUGUGCUUUCUGGAUCAACCAGCUUGCAUGGAGUUCACCACACCGGCAUUUUGGAAGGGUGGUUUGGAGAGCAUUGGUGGACUGGCCGCGCCUUCGUUCUUGUUGCUGUAACUGUCAUCAUAUUUUUUCCGUUGAUGUUCUUUGAGCGCAUCGAUUCGGCGAGAUAUAUCUCUCUUAUAUCAGUUGGCUUGGCUCUUGUUUUUCUUUUUGUUGUGGUUGGUGUCACAGUUUACAAAUUAGUGGAUGGAAGCAUAGAGAGGCCAAAAUGGUUUCCAAAUGUAACAGAUUCGACAUCAUUCUUUAAGAUCUUCACUGCUGUCCCAGUGAUUGUUUUUGCAUACAUUUGCCACUACAACGUCCACACGAUACAGAAUGAGCUUGGAGAUUCUUCCCAAAUGCAAGCUGUGGUACACAGUUCACUUUCUCUCUGUGCAGUUGUCUAUGUAAUGACAGGAAUUUUCGGGUUCCUCCUUUUCGGUGAAUCAACUAUCUCCGACUUACUAUCCAACUUUGACUCUGAUCUUGGCAUUCCCUACAGCUGGCUGUUCAAUGACAUUAUUCGCAUUAGCUAUGCCGCGCAUGUCAUACUAGUUUUUCCCACCAUAUUCUUACCUCUGCGACUCAACUUGGACGGCCUCCUUUUCCCCACUGCAAGACCUCUGACUUUAGACAAGAAGAGAUUUGUGUUGGAAAGUAUAGGGCUUGUGUUUAUUUCCCUUGUGGGUGCAAUAUUCAUACCCAACAUUUGGGUAGCUUUCGAGUUCUCUGGAGCAACCCUGGGAGGUUUACUUGCAUUUGUGUUUCCUGCUUCCAUUACUCUCAAGGACCCUCAUUGUAUAGCAACUACCAAGGACAAGAUAGUGUCAGUUUCCAUGAUCGUUCUUGCUGUAUUUGCAAACCUGAUGGCUAUAUAUAGCAAUCUGAGCUCUUUGUUGUCAUAAACGAAAUAACAAAGAGAAAAGAGUUCCCCUUGGUACUUGUCGAGUUUCCUAUGUAGGUUAGCAAUGUCUUCUCUUUUGAGUAUGAGUUCCAGCUUGGAGGGCUCCAUAGUCAUCACUUUGUCUUGGCUGCUGCAGUGAUAGAACCAGCCUUAUAAGACACUGGGGUGCGGUGCACGUUGGAACCAGGGAGCUUGAGAGCUCGGGGUGGGCUGGGACUAGACUGUGGAUGUGCUGGUAGUCUAGGAAUUGGUGUCGGCCUACAUGGGAGCACAAAUGGGGAGAAGUGAUCACUCUUAAUUGGAGCCUUUUCAACUGUCUUUAACCACUUUUUUCUACGAGUGUUGAACAUGACAAUGUUUGUAAAGGUUUCUAUUCCUAUCAACAUAUAUACGCAGAUUCAAGAUAUAUGUUAGAAUUUGAGCUUCAAUUUGUAUAUAACA